UUGUCAUGGCAGUCUCGUUUCUACGGAUUCCAAUUCCUUCGCGGGUCUUCUGGUAUCCGACCCGGCUUACUCGGGCCACACCAGCUUUGGUACGAUUCUCUUCUUCCGCCGCCACAUUACAGCCGUCUUCUACUUCGUUAUCACCAUCUUCUUCCGACCACUUUCUCGCCGAUAAAUGGGAAUCAUAUCGGAAGAAGAAGGUGGUUAUUCGAAUUGGAUACGUUGGUACUGAUUACAGAGGUUUGCAGAUUCAAAGAGACGACCCUGCUAUCAAAACUAUUGAGGGUGAAUUGGAAGUUGCUAUAUACAAGGCAGGUGGGAUUAGAGAUAGUAACUAUGGUGAUCUUCAUAAGAUUGGUUGGGCUAGAAGUAGUCGAACUGAUAAAGGAGUUCAUUCUUUGGCAACGUCAAUAUCGUUGAAAAUGGAGAUCCCUGAGACAGCGUGGAAGGAUGAUCCUCAGGGCAUUGUUCUUGCUAAAUGCAUUAGCAAACACCUUCCUGAGAAUAUCAGAGUUUUCAGUGUGUUACCAUCGAAUAGGAGAUUUGAUCCCCGAAGAGAGUGUACGCUUCGGAAGUAUUCUUACCUCCUUCCUGUUGAUGUUAUCGGGAUCAAAAGUAACUUUACUUCAGAUGAGAUUGACUAUCACAUUACUGAUUUCAAUGAAAUUUUAAAAGAAUUUGAGGGUGAAUAUCCUUUCCAUAACUAUACACAGCGGUCACGGUACAGAAGAAAGUCGGAACAAAAGUUAAAACAAAGAAACGGACGCCCUCCAAAAGAACCAAAAUCAGUCAAAGCAUCAGAAACAGAGUUUGCAGAGGAAAACCACAGAGAAAUUGAAGAAGAAGAGGAAGAGGAAAAGGAAGUUGAUGGUGAAUCUGAUGAACAUUUUUCUGAUAAUUCUCAGGUGAACACUCGUGCAAAAUGGUUGUAUGAGCCAGAUGAGACAGAUAAGCUGAGCGGUGCUCAUUUCAGAAAAGUGUUUCGAUGUCGAAGUGGAAAGCUGGAGAGUUCACUUGGAUUCAGAUUUGUCGAGAUCUCCAUAUGGGGAGAAUCAUUUAUGUUACAUCAGAUACGGAAAAUGAUUGGAACGGCUGUGGCAGUGAAGAGAGAGCUGCUUCCUAGGGACAUCAUAAGACUAUCACUGAACAAGUUCACAAGAAUCGUUUUGCCUCUUGCUCCAUCUGAAGUACUGAUCCUAAGAGGAAACAGUUUCGAAGUGCGUAGAUUUCCUCAGAGGCAGGUGGUGGAAGCACCGGGUGAAUCAGAAGAAGUGGAGAAAGAAAUAGAGGAGUUUUACAGAGCAGUGAUGGUUCCACAGGUGAGCAGAUUCUUAGAUUCUGAGAAAGCUCCAUGGGCAGAGUGGCUGGAGCAUUUGGAUAGGAACGAUGGUUUGAUAGACGAGGAAUUGAAAGAUGUAAGAAGAGGCUGGGAGGAGUGGAAAGCCGUGAAACCAUGGAUGGCGAAGAAGAAGAGUGAAGAUGAUGAUGAAGAGUUGAGUUCUGUUCCAGUAGCUGUUCAUCAAGCUCUAUGAGAUGGUCUUAAGAUUCAUUAGUCACAUCUAUUUUUGUGCACCUUUGAUAGAAUGUGUUAUGAUUAUUGUUUCAAUUACACUGAAUCUGAUAAAAGUUUAUUGAGAAGCAUCUAAAGUUUCUUCGCUUCACACUGUAUUUGAUUCACAAAUUAAGGAAUACUCUCUUUUUCAGUGCAA